CUUGGACCCGUCUUUUGUGGGUAGAAGGGACGAAGUAGUCCCUGUACAGAUGGCGCUUCGUAGCGUGUGUCACUUAUGCCACCUACCUGGGCAUUUUAUCCAGGAGUGCCCCUUUCGACUCCAGCCGAAUGGUGCUGACAUGGCGGCACGUAUACGUGAUGGAGGAUCGUAUGGAGGUACGAACAGAAACGACUCGGGUGGCAUCCUGCAAGCCCCGGCGCAAGGGGCUAGCACCUCAAGUGCUAUUGUACCCUAUCAAGGGCCGCAAAGCAGGAACGAUGGCGGAAGUGGUUACAACAAUGGGAGUUACAAUAGUGGGAGCAAUAGUUACAAUCGAGGGUACGACAAUAAUCAGCGUUACAAUCGGCAGUGGACGGGAGGCUAUCGGGACAGGGAGCAAGAGAGGGACGAUAAGGUUAAUCGGAUGUACGAUCUGCUUUCAGAGCAGAUGGAAAAACGGGAGCAGUGUAAGCGAGAAAUCGAAAACCAAAAGAGGUUGGAGGAGGAGAAGAAUAAGCUGAAGGAUGAGGAGGAAAAAAGAGCUCAGGCUAUCAAGGAUAGAGAACAACAUGAAGCCAGAUUAGGGAAGAUUGUGAGAACUAGCGUCAAGGCGGUCUGUGAAUCAGCCUUGGGAAGAAAAGUGGAUAUCCCCGAAGAUGACGAGGACGAGGUCUCCAAGUUACGGCGUGAGCUGGGCGAACUGAGAUCCAAGAACCAGGGAGAAACCAGCGAACAACGCUUGGAGGCUCUUCGUAAAGAGAAGGAUGCGUUGCUGAAGAUAAAAGAGCAAGAGGGAGAGGAAGAAAGGCUGUAGAGGGAGAUAGCUGAGCUGAGAAACAAUAAUGAAUCAACCAAGUUUGU